AUGAAAGAACCGCAGGGAGCUAGAAACACAGAACACCGUCAAGAUCAAUUCCACACCCCACGAAGGCCAAACCAACAGCUUCCAGCAACUGCAAGGGUCACCGAGAACAACCGGUCACCAGAGCCAACAUUAGCAAGCAACCGCAAAAGGGCCUCGGUGCCACGCGCCCAAUCAACGCUCACACAGAUCGACUUCGUCACUCAACCUACCGCGUCGAAUGAUGAGCAACUGGAGUAUAUUCACGAACAGGGUCGCGGGAACACCCACACCACCGAAACAUCCAGAGCCAACGAUGGCACCGACAGAGACUCAAAUUAUCUUCCACCCCCUCCAACACGUCCAACUCGCAUGGCAAAGAUGAAGGCGAAAGACCAGGAGUACGGCUCGAGUGAACGACCACCGAAACGGAGGAACUCAGCGUUUAGUGAUACAGACCGAGGCCACCGGCCGCGCAAGAGUGAGACCCCGAGGCCGACUGGCCGUUCUAAGGGUAUUCGAAAAUCUUUGGAGAAGUCAACAACGAAACGCGACAAGACGUUGACCCAGAUGGACUUUGUACGACGUUACAUUACCAUCGCCGAUGAUGACGACGACGUGAACAUGGGAUAUAUCCAGCCAACACCACACAAGAACAACGUCAAAAGUGAACAAAAAACACCCCUUCCAAGCUUGAGCAAUUUACGACACGCCAAGAGUACCACCCCCACGAAAAGGAACCGCAGAGCAUUCGAAGAAGAGCUGGACCUGUCGACGGGAGACCCAAUUCCACAGCCAAUGAAUAGCCAUGGAACCGAGAGCCAGGCACAACGAGCACCCAAAGCACCAGUGACGCCACAGAAACCUCGAAUGCGCGAGAUACCUUCAUCCCAGACACCUGAAAGUCCCGGCAUCGCUAUCAUAACAUCAUCACAGUUCAGGAGUGCUACUCGCUCCCCUUCGAAGACAAAGCCGUCAAAACCAACUGAAACUUCCGUGCAGUCUAUCAAACAAGAAUCUCAACAGAAUCGAAGAGCGGAGGAGGAUUCACAAGACUUUGAAAAUAUACCCUUGGUGUGGGGAACAACAACACACUUACCAGACAUGCCUGACUAUCUGAAUAUGCCCCCACCGAAUAAUACCGAGCAUUUCUCUUCAUCAGCACCUCAACCAGAUGUGGAUUCCCAAGAACUCCCCGGAGUGACCAAUCAAAUAUCUAGGAAUAAGAGGGAGAGAACAGUAGUCUAUGAGACGGAUGCAGACUCUGACUAUGACGAACCCGAAGAAAGCCACAGCAGAAGCUCCGUGACACCAUCUCCAAAAAAGCCACAUCAAGUGAUUCAUGAGCAGGCAGGCUCACAUGCAACUCAAACUGAGAACGCGUCUCCUAAGGAUGAUUCACCAGAUCUUCCUCUGCCGGCGGCUCCAUCAAGCCCCAACUGGGGCGAUGCUCCCCCAUCCGAACCUCCAAUGUCCGAUGCCUCCGUCUGCUAUCAAAGGAUGCAUGCAGCUACACAAUUUCCCCAUGAACCGAUCCCAGCUUUGAAUACACAGAGAAUGGCGGAGCUUUUCCCAUCUGAAGGCAACACCCAGAUCCCGAGACCAGGUCCAUCGAAGCCCGUUCAAAACCAGACCGGGCCGUUCUCGCAAUCACAAUCGCAGAGCCAAGGAGCGAAAGAUCCCACAGAGAUGGUUCCCGAAUCCUCACCAAUUCGAGAGAAUGAGAACGAAGCCGAUGAUACGACGUUCCAAAGACCCAAGGCUCCUCAAUCAGUGGUACAGGUCGAGUCUUCACAGGCGGUGGACCGAGAUGGUCAAUGGCGGGGACAAGUUCUCUCUCGAAGCCAAGUGUUAACAUCAAGCGUCAUGGAGAGCAUUCCAAUGCCCAACUUCUGGAUGGGGAGUCAGGAUAGUGUAGGUGAACCCUACAGUUUACCUGAAGGAUAG